AUGACAACAAACGAAUACGCUAAUAAUUCUCAAAAUAAUUUUGAAAAUCGAGCAACACCACAAUCUCAAUCUCGUCGGGGAAUAUUUGUCUUUCCAAAUGGUGAUAAAUAUGAUGGAGAAUAUAUUGUCACAGAACAAGGAAAAAUACAACGACAAGGACAAGGAAAACAUAUCGGACAAGAUGGUUUAGUAUAUGAUGGACAAUGGAGAAAUGAUUUGAUGAACGGUCGAGGACUAUUGACACAUGAUGAUGGCUCUCAAUAUGAUGGUGAAUUUGUUGAUAAUUAUUUUCAAGGACAAGGCACAUAUUCAUGGACGGAUGGUGCCAAAUAUACAGGAAAAUUUGUCGGAUCAAAAGCAGAAGGCGAAGCAGAAUAUCAAGGACCACAAUUAGGUUUUGUUCCAUUUAUUGGUCAAGCAAAUGGACAAGAAGCCACACUAAGAUAUAAAAUUACAUCUUAG